AAAGAAGAUGAUUUGGGUAUAGAAGCGCGGGAUUCGCUUAUAUAAAAGCAAAUUCACUAUAGGCAAAAACAAAUCGUUGGUGCUUUUCUAGGCAUAUAGUUCGGUUCAAGAUGAGACCGAUUAUCAUAUUACUCGGCUUGGUAGGCUCGAUACUGGCUGCACCAAACGGGCAAAACGAUCACAGACAGGCUUAUAUUACCAGAUACGAUAAUGAUAGUGAUGGUACAGGAGCAUACUCCUACAAUGUUGAAACCAGCGACGGUUUCCUUAAAAACGAAGCAGCUGAGGUUGUAAAUGGUGGAAGUGACAAUCAAUUUCUUAGAGUGACAGGAUCCUAUUCCUAUGUAGGACCCGAUGGUGUCACUUACACCGUAUUGUAUGUUGCUGACGAAUACGGUUUCAGAGCUGCAGGUGAACAUAUCCCCCCAGCGGCCUCCACAGACAAGAAAGUACCUCCACUAGGUAUCCCCAGCGCCGCCAUUGCUUCCCUUGCUGGAGGCGGCUUAGGAUAAGAAGAACAACCAAACUUAACAUUAAUAUUUUAAUUAAAAAUUCCAACUUUAAUUUUGAUGCCAUAAAUUGAUAGAAAAAACAAAUUGUUUAUAUAAUUUUGUAUUUUUUUUGUUAACAGACUCGAUAUUUGUGUUUGUAUGGUGAUUAACUAUGUUUGUAUAUAGUAAAAUAAAACAAAUAUAAGUAU